CCAUGAACUAGUAGAAAGUGCAACCAAAUCGAGGAGACGUACGUCUUGUCGGUGCCACUUCGAGUGUCACCAAAGAGACGCUUUUAGAGGUUAGCAUUUUUAUAUCAUUUCCAAUUACAUAAUUAAAGGCACACAAUGUCGAAGAGCGUCAAAAAGCUGAAAUCAAUGAAGAAAGUAGUGGAGAAGGUGAUGCACACCACGCCUCUGAAGCUUUACGUGCCUGCUUGCAUGGCCAUGCCGGGUCCGCCGCUCGGUCCUCAACUCGGCCAACGAGGUAUAAACAUUGCGCAUUUCUGCAAGGAGUUCAACGAGAGGACCAAGGACAUCAAAGAAGGAUUGCCCAUUCCCUGCAAGAUCACAGUGAAGCCGGACCGCAGCUUCGACCUGGAGAUGAUCAACCCUCCAAUCACGUACUUUGUGAAACAGGCAGCAGGCAUCAGCCGUGGAGCCAUGUAUCCAGGGAAAGAGACUUCAGGCAUAAUCACGCUCAAGCACGUCUAUGAGAUUGCAAAAAUCAAGAGCCAGGACAGCAUCUAUGACUGUGUACCCCUACAGGACAUCUGCAAGGACAUAAUCCGGCUUGCCUACAGGUGUGGAGUCAAGGUUGUCAAGAGCCUCUCCGCGGAGGAGUACCGAGAGUUUCAGGAAGCCCGUGAACCUGUUGUCAAGGAGCAACUUGCAGCAUUGGAGGAGAAGCGGCAGGCAAAGCUGCUUCGGACCGCUGCUUGAGGCCGUUUUGCAGUUGGUGAAUGCCUGGUUUGAACGUCUACACAACUUAGAAACUUGGACGUGCACCUGAGAGGUUUCAUUGAAGUUCAUGGUUUACAAAUUGUAUAUCAUGAUAGUCAGAAAUUAGUACGUUGGUUCUUUUAGCUGCGGAAUGAAUGUGAUAAAAGCAUGGAAUAAAGAAAUUGCCAUGCCA